UGCUCUCUGAGUUUGUAAUAAGACACACUCUUACAAGAGUUCAUGCUACAACCUAGCAAAGAACUUUAAAUUUUUGGAAGAACAGUAUAUUCAUUUUGGCAUUGUGCAGAGCAAACUCGGUGGCCUCUUCUCCACCCCUCAAAAUGAUAGCAAUCUCUGCAGUCAGCAGCGCACUCCUGUUCUCCCUUCUCUGUGAAGCAAGUGCAGUCGUCUUACUCAAUUCCACUGACUCAUCCCCGCCAACCAAUAAUUUCACUGAUAUUGAAGCAGCACUAAAAGCACAACUAGAUUCUGCGGAUAUCCCUAAAGCCAGGCGGAAGCGCUACAUUUCGCAGAAUGACAUGAUCGCCAUUCUUGAUUACCAUAAUCAAGUUCGGGGGAAAGUGUUCCCACCAGCUGCGAACAUGGAAUAUAUGGUUUGGGAUGAAAAUCUUGCAAAAUCUGCAGAGGCUUGGGCAGCUACUUGCAUUUGGGACCAUGGACCUUCUUACUUACUGAGAUUUUUGGGCCAAAAUCUGUCGGUACGAACUGGAAGAUAUCGCUCUAUUCUCCAGCUGGUCAAGCCAUGGUAUGAUGAAGUGAAAGAUUAUGCUUUUCCAUAUCCUCAGGAUUGCAACCCCAGAUGUCCUAUGAGAUGUUUUGGCCCCAUGUGCACACAUUAUACACAGAUGGUCUGGGCCACUUCCAAUCGGAUAGGAUGUGCAAUUCAUACUUGCCAAAACAUGAAUGUUUGGGGAGCUGUAUGGCGACGCGCAGUUUACCUGGUGUGCAACUAUGCCCCAAAGGGCAAUUGGAUUGGAGAAGCACCAUAUAAAGUAGGGGUACCAUGUUCAGCUUGCCCUCCAAGUUAUGGAGGAUCUUGUACUGACAAUCUUUGUUUUCCAGGAGUAACAUCAAACUACCUAUACUGGUUUAAAUAAGCUUAUCUUUUCCUUCAGGAAAUAGAAUGGUUUCUGGGAAUAGGCAUAUAUAUAUAUUGAGUUUUGCACAUAGUAUACAUAUUUUAUAAUAAUCUUGUUUUCCUUUUAUUAUUCAUUGUAUAAAUUUGUGUUUGUCUAGUAUGUUUGCUUCAUCUUGAAGUAAUCAAAACAUCCAUUUCUAUCUCCUGAUCUCUAAGCCCAAAUUAAAAUAUUGUAGAUAUAGUAUUGACAUAGUUGAUGCAUCCAAUCCCAAAACUUGCUUUCCAAAGGAAUUAUGUUAUAUUUGUAAGGAAUAAAAUAUAUACUUGACUUAUAUGUGUGCGUGUAUAUAGAUACAUAUAUACACAUGUAUAUUUAUAUACAUGCACACACAUAUACUAGAUUAUGUAACGCAGACAAUAACGUGAUUCAGUAGUUAACUUGAGGGAAAUUUUUAAAAACACUAUUCUGAAAUAUAUAUGAGGUGGUGGGACAUCUUCAGCACCCAUUUCUAUAAUUACUACAAAGUGAUAAAUUGCAAAUAAUACUCAGUGAUAUCUGGACAUAAUAAUUUAAUUGAUCACCCAAGAUUUCAUUCUGGAGGUAUAUUUUGUCUUAUUUGGGUUCACCAAAGGAUAUGCUCAACUUAUGUAAGUGUCAAAUCAUGCUUUUUGUUUAAUCACUUUUAUUGAAUCAGUAAUCAUGUGUCGAGUGCUUACUGUGUGCAAGGCACUCUGCUCGUUAUGUUCUGAAAAUGCAAAGAUAACGAGAUACAGUUCCUGCCUUCAAGAAGCUCACAAAAAUAUUCAGAAAAUAAUGCAGUUUAAUGAUUUUACUAUAAAUUUACAGUUUUUUUAAAAUUGAUUUUAAUGUAAGUUUGAGGAAGUAGAUGCCACCAUGCUCACCUGUUGGGGGAAUAGGAGGUGAUAAGACACCCUCUAUAAUAGGUGAGGCUUCUGAUUAGCAUGAAAAUGUAGCUACAAUGCUUGGAACUUAAAAAGGCAGGACAAGAAUUAACUGCCCAGGGAUGUAUUAGAGUAAAUAGUUGUGACUUUGGAAGACAGAAAACAAAACGCGAAAAAAAUUCUGAGAAAGCCCAAGAGAAUUAAGGUAUGAAAAGUCACAGAAAUACAGUUACUGCACAAAAAAAUAUAGGCAGAGAGCUUCAGAAGGGCCUAUCCUGAGAGUGUAGCAUAUCUUGAGGCCCGUCAGCAGAGGGUAAAGGAUGCCAGAAAAAAAACAAAAACAAAAACAAAAACAAAAACAAAAACAAAAACAAAAACUGGAGAGAUGCCAGGACACUUCUGUCUCUUUAUGUCAUUAUUUGGUGAGAAUCAAUCCAAUCACCAUGAGCCUUUGAGCAUCACAUUAAAGAUCCUGCACGCACACCAUAGUUAUGGCUUUGCAGAGUAGCCCUCUUCAGAUGGUUCGCUAAGGACUACUCACCAAAUCUUAUUUCUAUGUCUGUGAAGAAGAAUAAUUUUCAGUCCUCCAUUAAGUUUGAUUGUGGAAGUCCAAUCAAAGUCACUAUGAAAAUUUCACUCAUAAGAUUUUGGAAAUGCGGUGUUUCCUCAUUCAGGAAACCUCUUUAGAGAGAAAAAGUCAACAUCUGGGUCAAGACACUUAUAUUAAUUUCAUGUGUGUGGUGGGGGUGAGUGAGUGAGAGAGACAGGGAGAGAAAGAGAUUCAAGUUAUGUAAAGCUUCCAUAGAGUUACAGAGUAAGCAAACAGCGUUAGUUCCAGAGUGCAAAUAACAGAAGGAAGCUACUUGUUUAAAAUUCUCUACACAUUUGCAGUUUCUUAGGGUGGAUGCACUGAAAGAUGAGUUAAUUAAAUCCAUUCAAUGAGGGAAAAAUCCACCAUCUGGAGUUUAGGUUUACAUGAUGACAAACAAUUGGCCUGAUUCCUUUUACAAAUUGAAUGUGGUGACCAAAUGUUUUCAUAUCAUAAUAUUCUGCUUUUGUGGGCACAUAUAUAGACUUUACUAAACAUAAAUAUGUUUGGAGACUAAAAUGGAGAACAGAAGUAGUUGUAAGACUCGGCCCCCACUCUAACUUUUAUCCAACUAAGGGCAAUUGGAGCAAAAAGUAAUUAGUGGGAUGUUUACUUGAUUUAUCUAGGAAGUAUUUCCAUCCUUCAUUUUCCUAUAUUAGUUCUAUGGAAGUAGCAAAAGUACUAUUAAACAAAGAAGACUGUUCUUAGUUCCAGUUCUGUUGCUGGACUACUUGCGUGGCUUGGUUUCUCAGUUCUGAAAAAGAAUAAUGAUAUUUGCUACACAUUUCACAGAGAUUUCUAGGAGGCUAAAAUUACCAUAUUAAUAGAAAUUAAUGAAUAUGAAAAGCAUCAUUAACAUUAUGAAACUUAUUUGGGAUAAAAUUAAGUCUUAUGAGCUUCUCUCUGGCAGAAAUUUUGUCUGAUUCUUUGUGUUCAUCCCAGUUUCUUAUAUAGUGGCUAUAAUACAGUAAGUGUUUAAUGAAUGUGUCUACAAAUAUAUUUUUAGAAUUAACUAAAAAGUCUAGAAUUGCAACAGUGUAGAGGAGUCCCACCUUUCCAUGUUUUAUUAAAACAAAAAAAAAUGUCUUAAAUACAAAGCUCUGAAUGCAUCAAAAAUCCAGAUAAAUCAUCAAACAUACCAGAUGAAGACUAGGGUCUCUGCAUGUAUAACUCAUACCACAGUCCUUUCCAAAUCACAACUAGAGCUAGACAUUUAUUUAUAAUUUAACUACUCAGCUGAAAAUAUAACGGGUAUUUUUGUUAUGCUAUCUGUACUUUUUAAAGUUAGUAAUAUAAAGUAGCCAUGUGAAAUGUUUCAUUUUCCAGGCUAAAGCAAAUGAAAAUUUGCUGGUGUCAACACCAUGUGUCAUAUUUUUCACAGCAUUCAACCGUGGUGCUAAGAGAGCUAUUUCUCGCUGUAAUUCCCAGGGGCAGAAAGAGUCUGGGUAGAAGAUAUUUCUUAAGAGCAGCUUUAAAUAGUCAAUAUUGAGGUUUUCAUUUCAAAUGAUUUCAUUCAAAAGAAGUCGCAUCCUACAUAUUCUACAUCCUACAUAUUCUACGUAUUCUUCUGAUCCUCUAUGGUAUAGAUUUUUUAUCACCCUUUAUUCAGUAAAAAAGUAAAAAAAUUUCUGUCACAGUAUAGAUUUUUUUUUGGCUUUCAUGUCAUCAGAAGACUGGAAAAUGACAAUUUUAGAUGUUACUCUGAUGGAUUUCUUUAUAGAAUUGUAUUUGAGGACUUGUGUAGGCACAGUCUUAAUGUCCCUGGUGAGGACAGAUCACCUUUUCAAUCUGCUUUUCAAAUGUGGUGGGAACAGUUUUUAUUAUUAUCAUUUUUGUUUCUGUUCAGUAGCCUAAGCAUUGGGACUUCUGUGGUCCUUGAGGGGAUCCCUACUGGCUUCAUUUGGCUGUGACGCCAUAAUGUUCCCUUGAAACCUUUGUGGAAAUGUUCCUUUGGAAGCUCCGUGCAACUUCAGCACAGAGCUGACCAAACACUAAGGCAAGUUCAACUACUACAAUUUAUUCCGACUAUUUGAAUUGAAACAACAUGCAUUUUUCUCAUUAACACAUGUGUUAAAUCAACUUAUAACAUUCACCUAAGCAAAUCUAAUACACAGUUAGGCCAGUUGAAGUGUUUUGUGAAAUGCUUAUGAAAUGAAUAUAGAAGCUAAACAGAUCAUUUGAAUGUGUCCAGGAAGGAAAGUAAUGCUCAGCCUGUGGUAUAUGUUCUCCCCCUUGUAUAACAUCAUUCCUUAUGUUCCUCAGUAUCAUAGGAUGCAAAUCUAGACAUAAAUGGAAGCCUUUACCUAUCAAAGUGUUUAGGGAGAGUAAAGUUAGAUUUCUAUCAAUGUCUAACAGUAUAUUUGACUAUAUAUAUAUAUAUAUUUUUUUUUUGUAUCGUCAUUAUAUGUGUGGGGAAAGGCAUAUUUAAACCCAUGCAAAAUGACUUUUUAAAAGUUAUGUCAUGAUAUAAUUUUGACUUAUGAGAAGUCAAUCAAAACCUUAGGAAGUUUAACAAUUCACUCAUUAAUGGUGCUGAAAAUCUGUUAAACCACCAUAUCCUUACUACAAUUUUGAGGUUUCUUUUUAGUUAAAGUUUUUAUUAAGUGUGAACUAGCAAUAUCGAUUCUGGUGCUAAAUAUAUGGUGCUAAAUGAAUUGUUAGUGUUAAUAGCUUCAGUAAUGCUCUUUUUAUUCAUUGUUAAAAGUAUUAUCCAUUUAAUUCCUGAUUCAGAUAUAUUAAUAAAAUCCUGUUACCCAUAAAUAGGCCAGUGAACUCUUUUUGUCUGACAGUCCAACAUUAUUUAGAUUUUACAGAAUUUAAAUACAUAUCUUUAGAGGUUAUCAAUUUUCUUUUUAAGGCCUUUUUUAGCUUGGCCACAUCCAAGUCCAAAUACCACCUGAAGGUUAGAUCACACCUACAUCAACCAUGCUGUAGGCACUGGCGCCCUCUGGUGAUUAUGAAAAUAAAUUUUUGAUGGCUGCUUGGCCUGCAAGAAAAAGCCAGUGUUUUGUUCAAAAAAAUUUGAAGUUGCACAGUAUUAGAAUUCUUGGAUACUUCUUAAAUCUGACAGCAUUUGAAAAUUCUUGCCUUUAUUGACAUAAUUUUCUAAGAGGAUAAAAGAGAGAAUAUAUCUUGGCAUUCACUUUCCUAAAUAAUGUUUUUUAAUGAUAUUUUAGUUCUGAGGUGCUUAUCGAAGUGUUUUUUUUUUUUAACUAAGUAUUGCUAAAGUAUAUUUUUCAUUUAGUUUACAUCAUAAAUACAAUUAGAAUUAAAAUUAACAAAGUUAUAAGUGUGUCUCAUUUCAGAAGUGUUUAUUUUUAUUUGGCAUAGUACAUAAGAUUGAAAGGAGAUGUGUUAAAAUAAUUAGAUUAUCUCUCCAUUUUUACUUGUUGGUCUAAAAUUUGAUAGUGUUCUUUGGUCAUAGUAUUUAGCUAAUGAUAAAAUUGUAUUAUUCCCUUCAAAGUCCUUGUAGUCUAACAAAUAUACAUAAAAGCUUAGAAGUUUAUCACCUGAUAUAAUUAAUGAAGACAAAAUUCUUAGGUAAACUUCUGGUUGAGGUAUGUCAUUGACAUUAUAUGUGUGUAUCACAUAAUUGUGAUGAUCUGUUUUGACGGAAAUAUUUCUUAAACUAUGUUAGUACAACCAAAUGAGAUAUAUUUUGAAGCAGUUUUCCAUGUUAGUAUUUUCAAACUUAUUUUAAAGCAAGAGAAUACUUUUUAUGAUCUCAAUUAUAUAUAAAACUCUAACAUAUGCUACACAUAAAAUGAACCUGCUUAUACCCAAGCCUUCCCCAGUGCCUGGGAAGUUUCUUCUGAGAGGCCUAGGAUUCCAUCAGUUAGAAAAACGUGAAUCUAAAAUAUCCAAUUCCCCCCACCCAUUUUUCUCUAAUAUAAUCAGUUAAUUAAAGCAAGAAAAAAUUUGAGGCACUUAAUUAUUUCAAUGAUUCUUUUAAAUACCCAUUUCACUUUGCACAUGUUAGAAGUUUCUGGUUUGAUGAAGAAUUAAAUGCUGACUUUAACUGGUGCUUGGAUAUAGAUCGUGGGAUCUUGUGUUUUGUUAUUUGACAAACAGAAUUUUGGUAUCAUAGUAGUUUGAGAAUUGGAGACAAUUGUGGUGCACAUAUGAAAAUAAUGCAUUUUUAAAGCAUCUAAAUGUUUCAAACAUGUACAUAAUCCUAAAAUAUACUAUAUCGUUUUAAAUUUUUUAAAAGAUUAAUUUGGAUGUUUUAUUCACUUCCUAACACUGUGGCAGUGAAAGGUGCUCUGAUGUUGUGAUAUAAUGUCAUGAAUGUGUGCAUACAUAAAACCUGUGUAAACCUCUGUUCUUAUAAAGCAUAACAACUGUAGCUUUGUGAGCUCUGCUGUACUUUUAUUCUUUCAAUAAAAUAUUAUAAUUAAUAA